UCAUUUUGAUUACUAUCAACUAUCUAUAAAAAAUUAAUAACUAACGUUAAUUGAUAACACUAUGGCAUCUAGAUUAACGUAACAUAAUCCAGCAAUAAAGGUCUGUGGCUGACAAUUUACCAAUCGCAGUGUUACCGGCUUUCAUAAAUUCACUACAUCUAAGAAGAUAAUUAAUUUUAAUUUAGUUAUUUAAAUAUAGAUUAUUAGAUAUACAGCAAAUACUAUACGAAACAUAUGCAAAACUUUUAUAUACAUAUUUAUAUCCAUUAAUUUUAGUUAAGCACAUGUGUUGUUAAAGAAUUUCAUAUGUGAAUUACAGAAGCUGUGAUAUGUUUCUGCAAUAACUUCAUCUGGCAGUACUACAAACGAAUACGACGAACGGACGAGGCUGGCCAGAAACGCACUGUGCUUAUAAAAUUUUUCGCAGCUAAAAAUAAAUAGAAAUUCGAAUAUUCCUUCCCAGAGUUAGUGCAAUUAGAAAAUUGGACGUUGUAAAAGCAAAAGAGAAAAAUACAAAUAUUUAUACAGCAGCAGUUAACUUUUUAACUUAUCUGUGACAUUGCAAGUGAGAUAGCUUUUGUUAAGCUAGUAUCAAUUAUGUAAGGUAAUGGAUGCGCGCAUAGAACUGAUGUCAAUAAUCUGGACAACAAGUGUACCAACCACUUAGCGAAACAGCAUUAAUGAUUCAAUAUUUUCCACAACCAAAAUAACGUAAAUAACCACAAGACCGCAAAUAAUUUUAACAAUAAUUGAACAAAAGCAAAGAACAACAUAGCAAUAAAAACGAGCAACACAGUGUGUGCACGGUCGCAGCUUUCAUAAUACAUCUACUAAUAUGCCUGUGAUUUCGCCACGCAGAUCAUCGACAUCGAACAGUGGCAGUCUAUACGGCACCUCGUCGUCCGGAACUGGCAGUACAGGCACUAGUACCGCCAGUGCAUAUAGUAGUGCUUCGUCGUAUUUGAAUCGUACGAAUAGCUUGUCGAAACCGACAACGCCAAGCAGCUCAUUGUGGUCGUCAUCGUCGUCUGGCACAUCGAAAUAUACACCCAACUAUUAUAGCUCUUAUUUGGGUUCGAAUUCAUCAUCCUAUUCGCCACGUACAGCAUCACAACGUAAUUCUUUGUCGUCUUUGUACCUGAGCGGCGGCUCCUCCGGAUUAGGAACCUAUCGUAGUAGUUCAUCUUAUUUGUCAGCCGGCAGCAAUGAUCCAGUUACAUCCAGUCGAUAUGGAAUGAAUAUUCGCAGGCCUUGUUGCUGUCACUGAAUAAAACGCCUAUGUAUUUUUGAACUCCUCUCCUCACCCCCCACAAAAAAAAAACAAACAAAAGAAAAAGCGAAACAAAAACAAAACCAAAAAAAAAAAUUACUAACCAAUAAUCAAGAGCAGAAACAAAAAUAAAAUAGAAAUAAAAAGAAAGCAGUAAAAGUAUAGAAAAAUAUGCAACAACAAGAUGUGUGCAACAACAAGUUUAACGCGAAAAUUUCGGCAAAAAUUCUCAGUGAAAGCAAAAAAAUUGAUGAUAUUUCUAAAUAAUUAGUAGUGUGCGCAAAAACGCGGCGAACAGCAACGAAAAAAUUAUAGAAAUUAUAGAAAGACAGGCGAGAGAAAAAAAAAGUGACAAACACUUAAAAAAUACGGCAAAUUGCCAAGAAAUAAAAAUAAAAUAAAAAAAAGCAAGAAAAUAAACUCAAAAACCUACAAACGACAAAGCAAAUUAACGAGGCUUAUAAUUAACUGAAUACCUUCCACAUUCCACAGCAGCAGUAUGCCAUAGCGCGUAAGAAAACAUAAAUAUGAAAAAUAUGUGCAGAUAUACGCAAUAAAAUACAUACAAACAUACAUAAAUCAAGCCGACAAAGUGAUAAAAGUGUAAAUAGAAAGAAAGCCAAUAAAACAAAAAAAAAAACAGUAAACAAAAAGAGUGUAACGGAGCAGAAAAAACAUUUGGAAACUCGAAUAUUCGUAAAGUAUAAUGAUAGACAUUAAAAAAAGCCGCAAUAGUUUUGAAAAAUUUCCAAUAUUGCAAGAAAAAUGUAAUAAAACCGUUCAAUUAGCGCAGCGCCAACAGCAGCCGACCAAUUCCAACUUGAAUAACUAUACAGGCGUACACAAACCGAAAAUAACCACUACAGCUGCAGCAGCAACCGUGUUGACAACCACAACAAAAACGCGACCACAAACAACAACAAAUCCAAUAAGUGUCAACGGCAAAGCGGAAGCGAAAUUGCUCAACUGCGUUAGUAGGCGUGCUGCAUCGGUGGGCAGCACGCGCAACACCAAAAUCAGCAGCAACGUCAAAAGCAACAAUAACAAUAGUAAGCCGCACAACAGCGACGACACGAAUCCGGUGCGCGCCGCCAAUAAGCCAUUCUUUCUCGUACCGCAAUUUCAAGAUCAAAACUUUCUGAAGGAGGAAUGUGAAUUGGCGCAUGCGCAAGUGGCACCAAAACAAAAACAACAACAACAGCAACACGAACAGCAAAAAGUUGCAACAGCCAAUGGUGAGGCAAGUAAUAAUAGUGCGAACAACAACAAUAACACAAAACCAAAACAACAACCGAUUGGCAACCACAGGUGCAACAGCGGAGACUACAGCAAAAGCAAUAACAAUACCAGCAACAGCAACAAUCACAGCCAAAAAAUCAACAACGCGUAUUCCAUCAUUAACAGCAUACACGCGAGCAUUAGUAGGCGAACAGCAACAGCAACAGCAACAACAACACCAGCAACAGUGGCGGCGGUAACAGCGAAUGGUGUGCGACGCAGCGGCGGCGGUAGCGCCAACGCCAGCGUCAAUAUCAAUCAACAUCAUCACAAUCAUCACGUCAGUACAACCGCAUCAGCUGUGGCGACGACGAGUUCAAACGGCAGCACCGCUGCCGCCGCCGCCAGCGUCUCGGCCAAGAGCGCCACAACCGAUACCACCGUCCACAAAGUCGACAUUGUCUUCAAUAAUCGCGCGCAAACGCAAAGUAACUGUGUUGGGCGUUUCGUGACGUCAAAAAGUGCGAAACAGCCACAGCAACAUAACACUUACAAAGCUACGCGUCCGCUUACCAGCGCGACAAUACACACCACAACAACAACGGGCGCGUCAGCAACAAGCGCCACUGCAACGCUUGGCGGUGGCACCGCGACAGCGACAGCGUCUAAACUGAGCAACGGUCAAAGUAAAUUGGUGCGUCCGCUGGUGCAUCGCACCAUACCAUCGACUGCGGUGGCGGCGGCGAAUGCGACCGCUGCGCGCGACAACGUGAACGCCUACUCCAAUAAACUCUUCAACAGCUACGGCAGCAAUAGCAAUCGUCUUAGCAAUAAUAACAACAAUAAUAUUAAUAAUAACGGUGUGAAUACUGUGUGUAAUAUCAACAAUAGCAGCAGUAGUAGCAACAACAAUAUCACGAGCAAUAACACCAACGGUGGCAGUGGCGUUAACGGUAUGCAACAUACGCUCGAUCACGACGAUAUCAAGUACAUCGAUAGUGAUGACGCGCCGACAACAGCAGCGAUAGCGGCUGCGCAUGCCAGCGCUACUACGGUCACUACACCGUCACGUGGUGGCGCGCAGUUGGAGCGGAAAACGCAGUUGCGCUGUGAGCAGCUCUGUUGUCCGCAUACCAAUUGCGCGACGUCUACAACGGCAACGCUGACAGGUGCUGCUGGUGGUGGCGCUGGCAGCGCGUCGCUUAAAACACGCAUGCGCCCAAAAUCGACGAUCAUCUGUUCCACCAGCAAUCUCGUCUUCGAGAAGAUCAACAAUUAUAAGUAUGCCAAUGGUAGCGCUGGUGGCGGUAGCAGCGCGGCUAAAUUUGUCGCCGAAGCAGCGGCAGCGCGCCGCAAUGAGCUGCGGCACAGCAUUGAUUCGAAUAGUAUCAGAGCGUCCAUUGAGAAAUUCGAUAGUUUCAGCGAGCAGAAACGUAGUGUAGGCGCGCCGCAGGUAACGCUACGUUCACACGGCGGCAGCGGUAGUACAAACAAUUUGCAACAUCAUCGUCAUAGUGGCAGUGAGUUUGAUCACGCUACCGGUAGCAGCAGUCUCUUGCGGCUAGCGCAAAGCGGAGGUGGCUCUUUGACGCGUGCACCCUACCGUACAGUGUCGCCCGCACCGGCUACUGCCUGCAAAGUUACUGCCACAAUGCAUGCGCCCUCGUUGACGACCGGUUCGACUGGUUCGUCGGCGUCAUCUAUACGCAGCGGCGCAUGCAGUACAAACAGUUUGCCAACGAAAAGUCUUGGCAGCUUUUUGGCUGCCACAACAAAUGCAACCAGCGUUACCGCCAUCAAUCGUCAUCAGGAGGCAACAGUAUUGCGUACUGCUGAGCGUGCUUCACCCAGCGCGCUGCUGCAUAAAGAUGCGGCGUCAACGCCAUCGUCAUCCUCGUCAUCACCACUGCUAAAGCAAACCGUAAUGAAAUUGCCGAAUGGCGAUGUAAAGAAGUGCGCGAACGCGGAAAUGAAUGGCGUUUGCGACGGCGCCGCCGCGGAUGUUGAAACUAUCCGCAGCACAGCACUACGGAGUAUCCCUCCAGCACCGCCAUCGCCGACAGCUUCACGUUACAGGGAUCGUGAUAGCCGUUUAACGUCGUCAUCUUUGCUCUCCUCAUCGGUAUCGUCGGUGUCUAAUAACAUAGACGAUGCCAGCAAAUCGAAGGAUGAGAACGCAGAAGGUCUAUGUGGGCUAAGAAAUAUCGGAAAUACUUGUUUUAUGAACUCGGUAAUUCAGUGCCUGAGUCACACGAGCGAAUUGACAAAAUUCCUGCGUACACACAAUGGCAUACGCUCGACAUCGUCGAAGGAUCAACAAAUCCUACAAGAGUUUGCUAAGUUGAUACGGGAGAUGUGGACAAGCAAUGUACACAGCGUCACGCCGAUGGACCUGAAGCGCGCCUUUUCCUCCAAACAUCGCAUGUAUAGUGACUAUAACCAACAGGAUGCACAAGAGUUUCUGCGCUUCUUCCUCGAUUCACUGCACAGUGCACUAAAUACGGGCGUGAAGGGGGAACACUUGAAAAUCGACGAUAACCUCAGCGACAAUAAAAAAGCCGAUCUAACGUGGGAAUGGUACGCACGACACGAGAACUCACUCAUACGCGACCUCUUCGUCGGCCAAUUGAAGAGCACAUUACGAUGUACCACCUGUGGCAAUACAAGCGUUACGUUCGAUCCGUUUUGGGAUUUGAGCGUCUCGUUGCCAUCGUUAUCGCGCUGCAAGCUAGAAUCUUGCCUCGAUCUAUUCAUACGCGAAGAGGUGUUGGAUGGCGAUGAGAUGCCGACCUGUGCGAAAUGUCGCCAAAGGAGAAGGUGCACGAAAAGCUUCACCAUACAACGAUUUCCCAAAUAUUUGGUUAUACAUUUGAAGCGUUUCUCGGAGACCCGUUGGAGCAAGCUGUCGAACAUUGUCGAAUUUCCGACUGGUGAACGUGAAUUGAAUAUGGGUCCCUACGGUUCGAACCCUGGCACGAGCAUAUAUUACUCGCUGUAUGCGAUUUCGAAUCAUAUGGGCUCCACAGCUGGUGGUCAUUAUGUGGCGUUGUGUAAACAUCCGGUAUCAAAAAAAUGGCACGAAUUCAACGAUAAUGUUGUAAGCGACACGCUCUCCGAAAAUAAUCUAGUUUCAUCCAGUGCCUAUAUACUGUUCUAUGAGCGAGCGUAAGAAAUAACUCACGCGUGUAAAGAAAUAAAAAGCAAACAUACUCACAUCAACACGCAUUCAUGCACACAUACACUCAUAGCCAAUCUUGCAAAUUAAGUCUUAUGUACAAAACAAAAAAAAAAAAACAAAGGGUACACCUACUAACAACAAACUCUGUAACCUGUAGAAAAAUGAAACUGGAUAUGAUGACAUCUGCAACAAAGCUGCAUAAGACAACCCUGCCCGGCAACGGUUGAAGAGAGCAAGUUAAGCCAGACACGUGAUUUAGCCAUUAAUUCGCAUUGAUUAUGCAACACUCUACCCACACACCUUAAAAAUUGCAACUGCUACUUAACCCUAUUGUGACUCCUCUCUUAUUUUUUACCUUAUACUAAUGGCUACUGCGCAUACAUACAUAAAUGAUGAUUACUAAACCCAAAACCUCACAUACAUACAUAUAGUAAAUUUCUAAAACUAUUUAUGCUGCUACCUAAAACUAUUGCUAAUUAACUAAAAGCAAAAACAAAAAUCAACUAAAUUAGCAAAUAAAACAAAAUAAAAACAUUUAAGGAACAGUUAACGCCAUCUCCUACUACUACAACUACACACACUUGCAACUGCUAUCAGCAACUAUUAUGCAGCGUGCAACAUGCAACUUGUAACUUGUUUAGAAAGAAAGCAAAAACAAAAAAGGGUUCAAUUAUCAAUAAGUUGAUUGACGUACAACAACGAUGUGACGCUGAUUAUUUUUACACGCCAAAUUCUGUAAAUCUCUAAAUGUAAAAAUGUGCAAUUUUCGAUCGAGUCCAAAGAUAUAUACCAAUAUAUAUAUAUAUAUAUAUAUACUUAUAUGAGUGUACAUAUAUACAUACAUGCAUACAUAAUAUAGAAACGGAUACUGUACUUCUUGUAUAAAUGUAAAAAAGCCGAAAGCAACAAAAAAUUAUAUGCCGUUAUAUUUAAAAGAUAUACUAUAUUUAAAUAAUAUGUUCAAGCAAGUGAUUAAAUCGAAUAACAGUGUGUAUAAGCGAUUUUUUAAAACGCAUCGUUUUACUAUAUACAUCUAUAUGUAUAAAUAUAAAUUGGUUUUCAUUUUGAACGAUAUGUAUGUGUAAGUGAAUGGGCGUUAGCCGUGCGGCCGACAGAGACGCUUUAAGUUACGUUAUUGGCUAUUUAAUUGAAGAAUUAUAUAUAUGUACAUAUAUAUAUUUUAAAUCUUACUCCUUCCUUUAUUGUUCGAAAUGGAAGCAUAGCUAAAUAUAUAAGUAUGUAGCUGUUUUAUUUAUUAUAUUAUAUUAUGUAAUAUUUGGCUUAAAAUUUUAGUAAAGAAAAUUUACAAAAACUAAAUGCUGCUAACACUUGAGUGCGCUUGUUUUAAAUACUAACAGCUAAUAAUGUAAAAAAUAAGCGUUUACCAAGAUAUUAUUUAUUAAACACAUAUGUACAUACAUACAUACAUAUGUUUGUAACUGAUGCAAUAGCACUUAGGGCACAGGCGCAACUUAAAAUGUAUAUUAAACUACUUACCUACCUUAAAUACUAACUAAAAACCGCGCAUAUAUGUAUUACAUAAUAUACACAAGUAUAUAUGUAUAUAUGUAUAUGGAGAUGUGCAGAGAAAACCAUAUUGCUAUUAAAAAAUAAGUUUUUAUUGUAUGCGAACGCGUUAAAAACAAGAGCAUAACACAAAGUAAGAGAGAAAGCUAGUCCUAAAACAACAACACAAUAAAGUUAGACUAAAUAAAAUGAAAAGAAAAAUGUAAAAAAAACUAUUUAUUAUUGCUAAAUAAAUUUAUUAUAGCAGACAAGUGUAGGUAAACAAAUAAAAUUGCGGGAAAGCAGAUGAGCUGCAAAUCUGCUAGAGUGAAAAAAGAAAUUAACAAAAUAUAAUAAAAAAAAAAAACAAAUUUUUAGGUUAAGUGCAGAAGCUAAUAGCAAAAUAGUUUGAAAAACAUAAAAAAAAUUAAUAAAGUAAUAUAACAAAAACAAAAGCACGCAUGCCUGCGAAUAGUGUAUAGAACAGUGAAUGGAGAAUAUACGACGGGAUUUUAUACUAAAUGAAUGAGUAAAAACACUAAAAACCCCAAACAAAAAUAAU